GGCUGCCCGCGGAGGCCGAGCACGGUAACGGGGCGCCGCUCUUGAAGCCGAGUCGCGGCCCUGGGGAAGGGAGUGCGGCAGGCCCUGAGGGAAUAGAAGCUGUCGCUGUGUUACGCAGCGGUCCCGGCAGUAGUGUGCCUGUGUGCCUGUGUGCCUGUGUGCCUGUGUGCGAGCGUUUGGUUUAGAAACCACGACGUGUUUUUUUCACACUUAGAAUUUACAUUUCCAUAGUGAAAUUUUCUGGUCCUUAUGCCUCCUUAAACCUGGUUUUGAUUGUUAAGUUGGCACAAUGUCUGACUUUGAAAAGAACCUGCAUCAGGACAUGCUUUCUCAGCUGCAUGACUUCGCUGCUGCUGGAGAUGCAGCCAGGCUGAAGGCGCUUCUCAGGCGCUCGCCGUCGCUGCUCAAUGCGGCCGCAGGGAAUGGCUGGACAGCCCUCAUGUACGGUGCUAGAAAUGGACACCUCGAGGUUGUAAAGGUUCUUCUUCAAGAAGGGUGUGACAAAUCCAUCGUUAAUAAAUCAAGGCAGACAGCUCUGGACAUUGCUAAAUUUUGGGGGUACAAACACAUAGCUAAUUUGUUGGCUAAUGUGAAAGGUGAUCAGAAACCCAGUUUUUUGUCAAAUUAUGUGAAAGAAUAUGAAAAUUAUUUUGGCAUGACGCUUCUGGACAGAAGGAGCGAUAAAAGAAGAGAUUCCAAGUGGCUAAGUAAAAAACAAAGCCAUCCAGCUACAGUAUACAUCCUUUUCUCAAAUCUAAGUCCCUUAGUUACUUUGGGUGGACGAAGAGAGAGCUCAGACCAACCAGAAGUAAAGCUUUGCAGGCUGUACCACAAGGAUGUGGAACAGUACCUAAUCCAAACUGAAGAAUGUGAAGAAUGUACCUUGGUUUUUCUUGGAGUUGAACUUCAGUUUGAUGUGAACCUGAUGGCUGCUUGCAAUGGAAGAGUUCUGCAAGAAGAUGAAGAUGGGUUAGUUGCUUGGUUUGCUCUUAGCAUAGAUUCUGCUUCUGCUGAAAAAUUUAAACAGAAGCAUGAGGACUGCUACUUUCUUCACCCGCCAAUGCCAGCACUACUGCAGUUACCUGAAAGAGAAGCUGGAGUAGUAGCCCAGGCAAGAUCUGUUCUAGCAUGGCACAGCCGCCACCGAUUCUGCCCAACGUGUGGGAGUGCAACCAAGAUUGAAGAAGGAGGUUACAAGAAAACUUGCUUAAAAGAGGAUUGUCCCAGUCUCCAAGGAGUUCACAACACAUCAUAUCCAAGAGUUGACCCUGUUGUGAUAAUGCAAGUCAUCCAUCCAGAUGGGAACCACUGCCUUUUAGGAAGGCAGAAGAGGUUUCCCCCGGGGAUGUUUACCUGCCUUGCUGGAUUUGUAGAACCUGGCGAAACCAUAGAAGAUGCUGUUCGAAGAGAAGUAGAGGAGGAGGCUGGAGUCAAAGUUGCCCAUGUUCAGUACAUCUCUUGUCAGCCGUGGCCAAUGCCCUCCUCCCUAAUGAUUGGCUGCUUAGCUGUUGCAGUAUCCACAGAAAUUAAAGUUGACAAGAAUGAAAUAGAGGAUGCCCGCUGGUUCACUAGAGAACAGGUCAUGGAAGUUCUCAUUAAAGGAAACCAACGUUCUUUCUUUGUACCACCAAGUCGAGCUAUUGCACACCAGUUGAUAAAACAUUGGAUUGGAAUGAAUGCUAAUCUUUAAUUCAAAUAAUUGAUUUAAGUUACUUCUUCUAUUGAAUGCUUAAUUAGGAAUGAAUUAGAACUCUUUGUCUAGUGAAUGUGUAACGAAGUGAUUUUCUGAGCCGUUAUGUUGGUUUCAGAGCUAAACUAUGCAAAUCUUUGUAGGUGUUUUCAGACCUCAAUUAGAUUUGGACAAAACCCAGUAAUUAUCCCAAGCAAGCAGCAAAUAAGUAGAAUUGGUAUGUUGUUGUAUACAGGCUGUGUUUUUUGUUCUAGAAUGAAAUGAUUAUGCCUUUUGCUCUUACACUUUUUUUGUUUGAUUUGGUCUUCUCCCACUGGAAGGAGAUACGGCAUUACAAAGAGGGCUGUCUGACCUUGCCUGCUGUUUCAAUUCUCUGCUUACAUUCUCCUGUUUGGUCUUAAUUGUUUCUUUCUCAUUUUUGCCUGUCUCCAUUCUUUAAAUUUGACCUGUCACAAAAAUCUACAUUCAGUGCUGAAAGCCUUACCAAGUAUGGUUAUUUUAAAAUUCAUAGCAUAUGUGAAUAGUGAAUAUGUGGUAUUUCAUGUCUUUUACAUUAGCAACCUAAUUUAUAUUAAUGUUCUAAGCAGAGUAUUUACUUGUCCAUUCUGACUUAGCAUGGACUUACAUACGUUACUAUUGUAUGUCAGCCUGAAUUUAAAGUUGUAACACAAUAAUUUGUUUUUGGAAAAGGUGUUGGAGAACCAUUCCUGAUUAAGUAUUAGUGGUUUUGUAAGAUAAUAAUGUACUUAUUGAUGCUAGUCAGUGAGUAAUUUCAUUCUCUGAUAAUUAUAAAUUAAAUAAUUGAGUAAUGAAGAAGGAAUAACAAGACAUAUCUCAAAAUAUGCACAAAGUUCUUUAGGGAAAUAGAGAUGCUAAGAUUGUUUCUGCUAUUAAGAAUCUUAGAGUUGAAAGAUCUAUAUUAACUGCAGCUAUAAGACUGGGAUAGCAAUAUGUUAAUUAAAAUAUUUAUUUAUGUGGUUUUAAUGCUACAGUUCAGAUUUGUGCCUUAAUUUAUCAAGUUAUAAUGUUGAUAUUCUAAAAAGGAAAUGUUUUAUUAUUAAUUUCAUUAUGUAACAGUUCACAGUCUGUCAUUCUGCAAUCAUUACAGCGAUAUCAAAAGAAAUGCAAAUGACCUGAGGCAAAUGCAAUUAUACUGACAAAUGUAACUUAUUAUAUGAUUUGUUUAUGUGGAGUAAUUUAAAUUGUUUUAACAGUGAAUGGUGUCAUAUUUUUUGCAAAAAUUCUCGGCAACCUGGAAUCAAUAAAAUGGUUGUACAAAUCCUGAUUGUUCUUUUUUUCCCCAUCCAUGUCACACUACACUCAGGAGUUUUCAUGGCUUUUUUGGUAAGGCAGUACCAAAGAAACUUUAAAGUACAAAGCAUUCCUGACAGAUUUGUAGUGUUUGACAUAUUAUGUUGCUUUAUUCUCUCUCUUGUUUCAGCCAUACCUACAAAUAAGGACAGUCAGAGUUAUCUGGCAAGGAGAAAGAAAUUUGUUUAACAGAGGAGAGUUGUCACACGUACCUGCAGGACUGCAUAGUAACAAUGGCAUUAAUCAGUUGCAGGUUGCUCAUAGAGUGAAGGAGAAUAUUGGAAAGUAUGCAAAAAGUGGUGGAAGCUAAGCAGUGAAAGAAAGUUUCAGCUAGUACUGUUGGUGAUUACAUUUAGCAAGAUGAACAACAAAGGAAUGAGGAGCAGAUGGAAGAUGGAGGAUAAAGC